UAAUGUAACCCUGAAUCAGUGGACAGGCCAUCGGCAGAAAACCCCAUAAAAACUCUCCAAAAACCCUAAAAUCCCUCGCUCGGUUGUCGUAUAUAUAUAAUCAGAAUUUCCAUUUUCAUAGCGCCAAAAAACUCCAAACUUUCCACCGUUCUCAUCAUCUUUUUCUUCUCGCCAAACCCUAGGGACACCCCUUCGAACUCCAUAGCAGAAACUCUUCUUUCUUCUGUACGUACCCAGUGACCCUUUUCUCCUCUGCUUCGUCUUCGUCUCUGUUGGGCUUCAAGGGAAGGGAUUUUAAGAGUUUCAGAGACACUGAGAUGCAAAGAAGGGAUGCAGAAGCUGCUGAGCCGAAGCCCAUCUGGCCCCCUCCUCUGCACCGCUUGUAAACCCUCUCUGUCCCUUGGCUUCCUCAGCCCUAAAAACCCCAAAAGCCCUACCUCGAAGUUCCUCUCUCCUGGCCCGAAGGGCCCACCCUCUAGCUACGCAAUGCCCUCAGCCGCCGCGGCCCUCCACGGCGGCGGCUCGGCUCUGGCCGCCGCCUCCGUCGCCAAGAAGCCCAAGCCGCCGACAAUGAGCAGCAGAGUCUGCCUCUGCUCCGUACCGCCCAAGAACCCCUCGAGGAACGCUUGGGCGGUGUUCAGGGAAGAGAACAGCGGGUUUCGAGUCGCCUGGCUCCGGACGGGGUCUGACGGGUUCGGGUCCUUGGCUGCUGCGGCUGCAUCCGAGGGUUCCCAGAGCUCUGCCAAGGAAUUAGUGAGUGAUGGGGGCGUCGAGAGUGGAACAGAAGUCGAGAAGAGUGUUUCAGACUCGGAGGAAAAGCCGGUGAGAGUUCACAGCAGGAGGAGCAGAGAGUCAUCCAUUUUGGCGGGUAACCCGGACUUGCUGGCUAUUCCCGGUGUCGGCCCGAGGAACCUGAGGAAAUUGGUGGAGAAGGGGAUUGCUGGAGUUGCUGAGCUUAAGCAGCUCUACAGAGACAAGUUUUUUGGGAAGUCUAGUGAGAAGAUGGUGGAAUACUUGCAAAGUUCUGUUGGAAUCAUUCACAAGAACCAUGCUGAAAGUAUUACGACCUAUAUCAAAGAGAGUGUAGAGGAGGAGCUGAAGGACUCCGACUUGGAUGGAAAGUCAGCCCCUAAGAAACGGCUGACUUUCUGUGUAGAGGGUAAUAUCAGCGUGGGUAAGACCACUUUCCUUCAGAGGAUUGCCAAUGAGACCCUCGAGCUUCGCGACCUUGUGGAGGUGGUUCCUGAACCCAUCAGCAAGUGGCAGGACAUUGGGCCUGAUCAUUUCAAUAUAUUGGAUGCUUUCUAUGCCGAGCCACACAGAUAUGCAUAUACUUUCCAGAAUUAUGUGUUUGUUACGAGGGUUAUGCAGGAGAGGGAGUCCUCGGGUGGACUGAAGCCACUUCGACUGAUGGAGAGAAGUGUUUUCAGCGAUCGCAUGGUAUUUGUAAGAGCUGUUCAUGAGGCUAAGUGGAUGAACGAGAUGGAAAUCAGCAUCUAUGACUCGUGGUUCGACCCGGUCGUUUCAUGCUUGCCUGGUCUCAUUCCCGACGGCUUCAUCUACCUCAGGGCGAGUCCUGAUACUUGCCACAAGAGAAUGAAGCUACGCAAGAGAACAGAGGAAGGGGGAGUCAGCCUCGAGUAUCUCAGGGACUUGCACGAGAAGCAUGAGAGCUGGCUUUUCCCAUUUGAGAGCGGGAAUCAUGGGGUAUUAGCUGUGAGUAAGCCACCCUUGCUCACUGACAACUGCUUACCUCCCAAUAUAAGGGACCGAGUCUUCUAUCUGGAGGGUGAUCACAUGCAUUCAAGUAUCCAGAAGGUUCCUGCAUUGGUGCUCGACUGUGAGCCAAACAUUGAUUUCAGCAGAGACAUUGACGCUAAGAGGCAGUAUGCAAGCCAAGUGGCACAGUUUUUCGAGUUUGUGAAGAAAAGGAAAGAAGAAGAACCAUCCACCAAUGCCGCCGGCACAGGAGGCAGCCAAGGCCAGCAACAGAUAUUGCUUUCCCCAAAAGGAGGAUUGUGGAUGCCCGAUGGGCAGCCAUUCCCGGAAUCGGCCCUUGGGUCCUUGGAUUUUCGGAAGUUGUCCCUCAUGAGUGGGUAAUAUCAGGGAUGGUGGUGGGGUGGGAUCGAAAUCCGAAGCUGCUUUGGUUUUCCUUUUCCUUUACCAUGAUUUUCUUAGUCUUAACUGCAUGCAUGCCGAAAGCCCGUUUUGUCAUUCCAGUUGUGUCCCUUUUUGUAAUGGUGGAAUGGUAGAACGUGGCUGGCUGCGUCUGCCUUUUUUAAGUGUCCCAUUGUAAAGAAAAUGUGUCUUCUGAUCGUUCCAAGGCGGUAGGAAAAGUGUUACAUUACCUGUUAAUUAGCAAGCAGUAGGUGGAUACUUAGAUCUGUUGAAUUCGCUUCGUUAAAGGUCAUUGUAUCUUGAGUGGUUUUCUUUCUUCGCAUGCCGAUAAUUUGUAUUAACAUAUGUUUGCCUUUUUA